AUGAAGGUUACGUCUAAGAAAAGAUAUGCUCUUUUACUAGCGGCAAGGGACUCUGACUAUGUACAGAAAGUGUAUGGAGGGUACUUCAAUGUGUUCAUUGCGGCUUUUGCUGAAGAAGGAGAAACGUGGGACUUGUUUAGGGUUGUUGAAGGGGAGUUUCCUGACAUGAAUGAGGUUCACAAAUACGAUGGCUUUGUUGUUAGUGGCAGCCCUUAUGAUGCCUAUGGCCAUGACUACUGGAUUCUAAAGCUUUGCUUCCUCUUGCAAACUUUGGAUGCCAUGGAGAAGAAAGUUCUUGGGAUUUGCUUUGGUCAUCAGGUUUUGUGCAGAGCGUUGGGUGGAAAAGUUGGAAAAGCAUAUGCUGGGUGGGAUAUUGGACUAAGGAGAGUGAGUAUAGUGAAGGAUUUGUCACCGUGCAGCUUUCUGGUUGACUUGACUGAAAUCCCACCUUCGCUGUCAAUUAUUGAGUGCCACCAAGAUGAGGUAUGGGAGGUGCCAUUAGGAGCUGAAGUAAUUGCAUUCUCAGACAAAACUGGUGUGGAGAUGUUCAACAUUGGAGAUCACAUUUUGGGCAUUCAAGGCCAUCCUGAGUACACCAAGGACAUUCUUUAUAAUCUUAUCGAUCGCCUUCUGAAUAACAACUGCAUAGAGAGUGCUUUUGCCGAAGAUGCGAAGUCUGGAUUAGAGAUAGCUGAACCAGACAGAAAGUGCUGGGAAAAGAUUUGCAGGAAUUUUCUUAAGGGAAGAUGUAUAGUUUAA